AUGUCUGGCAAAGUUCAUAAGCUCAUCAUCCUUCGCCACGGAGAGUCGCAGUGGAACCACGAGAAUAAAUUCUGCGGCUGGAUCGACAUUCCUCUUUCGGAGAAAGGAAAACUGGAAGCAGCGAAUGCUGGAAAAUUGAUAAAGCAGUUUGGGCUCGAUCCAGACAUCAUCUACACCUCGAAGUUGACGAGGCUGAUCGAGUCGGGGUUGAUCAUUCUUCAAUAUUUGAACAAGUUGUGGAUCAACCACAUCAAGACCUGGCGGUUGAACGAAAGACACUACGGCCAGUACCAGGGCCGUGACAAACACGAGGUUUUCAAGAGCUUGAAUUCCGACAAGGAGCAAUUCCAGUACAUUCGCCGGAACUACCACGGAUUGCCACCGCUCAUAGAGGGCAAGGAUCCCAGCAUAGACGAGAGGUAUCUGGACAUCGUGAACAAGGAUAUUUUGCCACGUGGAGAGUCGCUAGAGCUCGUGAUGAAGAGGUUGAUUCCGUACUUUGUACUGGAAAUUGUUCAUCACCAGCUUAUUCAAUUGGACAAGACAGUGCUUAUUGUGACACACGGGCUGAUUGUGCGUAGUCUCAUUAAGUAUUUGAGCAAUGUCAGCGACGACGACAUCAGCAACAUCAACGUUCCUACUGGAGUCCCUCUAGUGUUUGAGAUUGACGACAAUGCCGAGUUGGUACGGGAUUACUACUAUUUGGAUCCAGAGCUUGCCCAGCGUGGGAUGGAGAAGGUCAAGAACGAGGGGUUGAAGAAAGAGCCACACGUGAAUUUAUAG